AUGAAGUCUUCUGCUGUUGUCAUGCUGGCUUCGGCCGCUGUUGGCCAGGCCCUUCAGCAGUGCUCUGGCACAGCCAAGGAGGAGGGCGGCAACUGGUGGUGCGGUGCUGUCGACCAGAUCCUGUACUCCAACGUCGGGCAUCCAGGCACUUACAAAGCUGUCAACCAUAUGGGGGAUGAUGGAUCCUGUACCUUUGAGGAUAUCCCCUUUUCCGGUCCCCUAGCCCCUUUCAAUGAGGAGCUUGUUCCUGUCUUCCGUGGUCCUAUGAACCUGAAGCAGGUUGGCAUCUACAACCUGUCUCCUAAGGCUAAGCGGUCUCCUGCUGUUCCUCACACUCAUGCCCGCCGCCAUGGUCACCACGGUCAUCAUCACUUGCACCAGAGGCAUGAGGAGGAGGAGGAGCACAGCGAGGAGAAGCGCGGCGAUGUAUGGGUCACCGCGACAAUCAAUGGCCUUGUCCAGUCUUGGCUUAACAACUGGCAUGGCCCUACCCCUGGGCCUGCUCCUCCCGUCAACACUCCUGCUGUCCCUCCUGUUGCUUCCCCCAGCCCUACUCCCACCCCAUCUAAGCCCGCAGCUGCCGUCAAGCCUGCCAGUUCCAAGCCUGCCAGCUCCAAGUCUGCUGGUUCCAGCUCCGGCUCUAGCUCUGGUACCACAACUGGUGACUACACCCGAGUUGGCUACUACAACGCUGACAAGGCUAUUGCUGAUGGCAUCGUCUUCCUUGGCAACUACGGCGGCCAGGGUUCCGGCAAGUUUGACAAUGUAUUUGGCAACUCUUUGUCGUACUUGAAUUCCGAUGCCACCGGUGGUGCUGCUUCACCCCAGAUCCUGAACCCUGUCACCCUCAAGUCGAACCAGGAGUUCCUCAUCGCCAGUGACAAGUCUUGCGAUGAUGGCAGCUGUGGCUUCUCGCGCCCUGGUUCCGUUGCUUAUCACGGCUUCAAGGGCGAGGACUCAGUUUGGCUCUUCGAGCUGAACAUGCCCCUCGAUGGCACCACUGGCUUCAACGCAGAUAUGUCCGCUCUCUGGUUCCUGAACGCCCGGAUUCCCCGCACGGCCCAAUACAACAAGUGCUCCUGCUGGCCCGAAUGCGGGGAGCUUGACGUUCUCGAGGUCCUUGCCCCCGGCGACACCAAGUGCAAGUCCACCUUUCACUCCAACGUCCCUGGUGGCUCUUCCGACUACUUUGACCGUCCCAUCGGUGAGCCCAUUAAAGUCGCUGUCGUCCUUGAUGGCGACUCUGGCCAAGUCUCAGUCAAGGUCCUCGACAACGACGUCGACUUCUCCACUGGUCUCUCCCGCUCACAGGUGGAGAGCUGGCUUUCUGCUGACUCCUUCUCGGCUGCGAGCGUCGGCGGCAAGACCAACAAGGUCAGCUUGUUUGCUUUGUCGUCCUAA